CCGCCACACCCAGUCUACUCCCUGUGGCAAAGUUGACUCAUGAGCUGUAACAGGACACCGAGAGAGAGGUUUUUCUGCCCAGGGCACGGGGAGACAAUCUGUGGCCAGAAAUAUCUGCUAGCUACGCGACCCAGAUGAGGACGUAGAUAGAAACCAUAAAAGAAAAAAAAAUUGCAAACUGCAAGUAGUAGCAAAGAAGACCGAGACUUUUACGGACAGGAUGAAGUUUUCCUAUGGGGUUGCUGUACUUCUUUUUCUUGUCACUGGAACUUUAACAGAUGAUGAUUUCAACCUAGAAGAUGCCUUGGGUGCUGAUGAUGUAACCAAGCCACCAAAACCCGCUGAGAAGCCCAGAGUAGAUGGUGGCUUUGACCUGAAUCUAGAGGAUGCAGUCAGACCAGACCCCACGCCCAAACCCAAUAAACCUGCAGUCGUCCCACCAAAGAGCGGAGGAGAUGACUCUGGAUUUGAUCUGCUGGAUGCUCUUCAACCAGACCCCAAAACUGAAAAACCUGCAGUCGUCCCACCAAAGAGCGGAGGAGGUGGUGGAAGUUUUGAUGAUACAUCGUUGUUGGACGUUGCUGAGGGGGACUACAAGCCUGAUGGAGGCCGUUCAGGAGGCCGCGCAUCGAACUACGAUGAUCAGGGUGGUGCUGACGAACCCAAAGAUCCAGACCUUCCGUGGGGCCAAAUCCUGAAGAUGCUAAAUGCUAACAUGCCAGAGGAAUUCUAUAUUUGGAUGUCCAACUUAAAGCAAAUGUUAACACCACUGUUAGAGAGGGCAAUGGAUCUGCUGCAAGCUUUGCCAUGAGCUGCCGGUCACUGCAUUAUUAUUCUAAUUGGCUCUCAGGCUGUACUCAAAUUGAGGUUAACAAAUCUUUGGUCCACACUGACAGGAUGUAGUCUUGGAUGGUGUCAUAUAGCAGGGUGUUUGCAAAAAGGGAAAUGGAAUCAUGUUUCCCUGAAAGCUUUAAUUGUGCUAAUUUGGAUACAUUAUUUUUCUUUCUUAUAUUUUUUUGUGAUUGUGUUUUAGCUCUAGUGUCUUGUGGUCGACUUGUGAUUGCGUGGGCAUGUAUACUUUUUCCCCUGGGAUUCAUUCACAAUUACACGGAGCGGACAGAUUUGGAUAUCAUGCAUUCCAUUCUUGACUUUCAUGGACAUUCUUAGAGUUUUACUUGACGAGAAUUCUUACUUACAUGGAUUUUACAAAAAGUCACUUGUUCAAGAGUGAGGUCCAAGGAGAGAGGUCCAAGUAAUACUUGGACGUCAGGUGUCAUGACAUUUUAGUUGGUGCUCCAAACAAUUAUAUUGAAAAAGUCUGUAAGUGGAGCAAGCACACCUGCUAGGUUCAAAAAUAUCUAUACUUCGGAAGUCAGUAUUUGUGUCGAAAUAAUUCCUUAUUUUCUGGUGGUUGGUGUCAAUGCGACUCUUUAUUUCAAAUUCAAAUUCUACAUAAUGUAGUAGUGGUAGUAGUAAAUAAGAACCAAUGGGUAUCAACCAAUGGUGUAAGGUAGUGCUGUUGUAUUCCAGGCAGAUAUCUUAAUUAGUUUCACAAAUGCCCCAAAUUUGCAUUUUCCCCCCUGACCAUUACUUACAUUCUUUUAGUGCUAGCAGACAGUAGAUCAUUCUCUCACGCUAAUGAGAGAAGGUGCGAGCUGGUGUUAAAGUUUACAUUGAAGCUAAAAAAUGUAACACUCCCUUGGUCCUUUGACUGGUAGCUUAUACGUACAGACCUAGGGUUGCACUGCUAGAAAUAAUGCAGUGUUGACUGUCCCCGUGGUUUCAGUUUCAGCAGACACAUUGUAUUUGGGUGUGUUCAAGCAUAACUUUCCUUCUCCACCCAGCACUCACUCCACACACAGAACAAAGUACUGUACAAACCAUUUUUUCAAUUUGUGUAACCACACUUAGUUUCAUGAAGUGUCAGACUAGAUGAGGAUGCUGAAUAGAGUUUUCUGUCUGUCACUUACUGGGUAAAACGGUGUUAUAGACUGUUACGUUCACUAGUUUUUACUGCGGUCGGCAGUCAGGACAGGCCUUUCUGCGUAAAAAUGUUGACAUGCAAAAAGACAUUCCAAAACAUUUGCCAUUUACAUCCGGCAAAAUAAGUGCAGUGGACUUGUUCAGCCGUUAGCGCUGCCUUUUUAGGGCACACAUGUCCAGCCCAGACUUUAAAACUGCUGGCUUGUUGGUUUGUGUACAACAUAUGAACGUGAACAGGCAAGCUACUUUUGCAAACUGCAAUAAAAAUCCAAUUGAAUGUAUUGCAAAUUUAGAAUAACAGUGGAAUAUUAGUGUGCAUGUAAACAUAAUGUACCGACUGCCAGUCAAGACACCACCUGACUUCACAGUCUUCUCAGCUUUAUCAGCAAACAUUUUUUGCAUAGGUAGCAUUCAUAGCACUCUGGCUGAGUGCCAACUCCCAACUAACUCUGGACAAACUUUUAUUUCAAAGUAUUUGAUCAGAUGAUGUUGUUUUGCCUCUGGUAGUCCUUGGCUGAUGAACUGUUCUUUGUGUGCUCUUUGAUAUCAUUUUAACUGUUGAGUGGGUUCUUUGCAGUUGGAAAUCUUGGUGGAAUUUUUAAUAUUGGUGAAAUGUGGCGUCACGAGACGAGUAAAGAUCUACAAAAUAAAUCAAACCAGCCCGUGGCAUGGUCAGUGGUUGUUACACAAAGUGUUUUGAUUCAUGCAUAAAGCUCCCUCAACAUUCAGAGGCUCCGUUUAACAUAAUGCGCAAAUGGUACAAACAUUAUCUGUAACACUUUAAAAGGGACACACCAUGCAAAAUAAACUUUUUAUUGUUUUUGAAAUGUAA